UCACUGUCAUUUGUCACUGAUUAAUGUCAAAUGUGUAAUCAUAAAAUUACAAGCGAGAUUUUCUUAAAAUAAAUUCAAUUUCUAUCCAACAAGUAAUGAAAUUGAAGAAAACUAAAAAUUGCUUUUAUAUGAUUACCUGUUAAAAGUACUUUGAGUCCAAGUGCUAAUAAUCUGACGAAAUAAGCACUUUAAUUAUGGCUCUCAAUUAUAUUCGCCAAGUCACAAGAACCGUUAGAGGCAUAAAUGUAAAUACAAUACAUAGAAAAAUAAGUACGAGUUCACCAACAAGACUUGGUAUGAUACCGAUAGUAGUUGAACAAACUGGCAGAGGCGAAAGGGCAUACGAUAUUUAUUCCAGGUUACUUCGAGAACGUAUUAUUUGCCUGAUGGGACCAAUUAACGAUGAAAUCAGUUCCCUCGUUGUUGCUCAGCUGUUGUUCCUUCAAUCUGAAUCGAGUAAAAAGCCUGUGCAUCUUUAUAUAAAUUCUCCUGGUGGAAAUGUUACGGCCGGUCUCGGUAUUUACGAUACGAUGCAAUAUAUCACUCCGCCCGUAGCCACUUGGUGUGUUGGUCAAGCCUGCAGUAUGGCGUCCCUCCUGCUAGCAGCUGGGGCUCCUGGUAUGCGUCAUGCACUUCCAAAUUCGCGCAUCAUGAUUCACCAACCUUCCGGAGGAGUCAGAGGUCAAGCAACAGAUAUUCAAAUUCAGGCGGAGGAAAUUUUAAAACUGAAGUCUCAAAUAAACAAUCUAUAUGUCCGUCACACCGGUCUUCCAAUAGAACGUAUUCAAACAUCCAUGGAACGUGACUGUUUCAUGUCACCAAUAGAAGCAAAGAGUUUUGGCUUGAUUGAUAAUGUGUUGGAACAUCCACCGUCUCAUGUGGUGGAAGGUGAUAAUGUUUCAUCAACCCCAGUGAACACCACAACUACUUAGUGAUUAUUCAAACAUGCCGAUAACUGUUAUGACUUAAUAAAUAUACACAAGUUACAUUACUAAAUUUUAUUAUUUACUGAUGCAGUCUAUUAACAAAUAAAUUAUAUUUUUAUCA